CUCGUCCAAUCUUGUCUCAGCGAUUCUAAAAGCACAGAGGGAGUCCUAAAGGCUAGUUUACAAUGCUUUGAUUUGAAUAUGCUAUGCAAGACCUAUGUAUUAGAUGGAAUGGUGUCAGACUUCCAGUACAUGGGAAAAGCUGAAGAAGAGGAAAUUGAUAGAUGA